AUGGCAAAGACGAAAAACAUCCCAGGCCGUGAGAAGCAACGGCGUCGCGAAGACCCGAAUUGGCCUUCUUACCUUGCCGCUCGCGAACAGCAGCUUCAGCAAUGGCGCAACGAUCGAACUCGGCCCCUGACCAGCAAGGAAGUCAAGAAGCUGCACCGCAAGCUCACACGAGCCUCGAGUGGUAUGGCACAGCGCCACCAAUCCAUGAAAGAAGCACGUCCAGACGAGGAAGAUGUCAAGGAUACUAUUCAGAAAGAAGACGAUGGGCUUCCUACGCGUGCAGACGAAGAAGGGUUCCGACGUUGA